AUGCGCAUUCACUUUUGGAGCCUGCUGACGGCAGCCACACUGGCUACUGCGGGAAGGCACCUGCCACCCCGCAACUACUCGAGCCACGACUACUAUGCCGUCCACAUCUCCCCCUCCGCAUCGCCCUCAGACCUCGCCGCGCACCUCGGCCUGACGUACGAGGGCCCCUUUGGCACACUCGAGGACCACCAUGUCUUCAAGGCCCCCAAGCACGAGAACGACAUUAUAGACGACGCACAACAAGAACUCAAGAGGCGGCGGCGGAAACGGGAAGUCGGCCCCGAGUACCACCCUCUCGACAGCGUCCACUUCACCCAAAAGCAAAAGAUCAAGGCGCGGCACUGGAAGCGCAGCGUCAUCCCAGAACUGCCAGAACGGGGGCCCCCUGUUACGGAUGCCAUCAAAGCUCAGCGGGAAGUAGCGAGCCAGCUGCAAAUCAAGGACCCCAUCUUCGAAGAGCAAUGGCACAUCUUCAAUGUGAAGACGCCUGGGAACGACAUAAACGUCACCGGUGUGUGGCUGCAGAACAUCACCGGCGAAGGCGUUACCGCAUGCGUUGUCGACGAUGGCCUGGACUACACCAGCAACGACCUCAAGGACAACUUCUUCGCUGCCGGCUCCCACGACUACAACGACCACGAAGACCUACCGACCCCGAAGCUCUCCGACGACCGCCACGGCACACGAUGCGCGGGAGAAAUCGCCGCCGGAAGGAACGACGCCUGCGGUGUCGGACUUGCCUACGACGCGAAGAUCUCGGGUGUGCGCAUCCUGUCGGGCGACAUUACAGAUCUCGACGAGGCACUCGCGAUAAACUUCGAGAUGCAGCAGAACGACAUCUACUCGUGCUCGUGGGGCCCACCCGACGAUGGUAAGACCAUGCAAGCCCCAGGCAUCCUCAUCGAGAAGGCCAUGGUCACAGCUGUUCAGAAGGGCCGCGGCGGAAAGGGCUCCAUCUAUGUUUUCGCGGCAGGCAAUGGUGCUGCGAGCGACGACAACUGCAACUUCGACGGUUACACCAACAGCAUCUACAGUAUCACCGUCGGCGCCAUCGACCAGAACAACGGUCACCCCUACUACUCCGAAGCCUGCUCCGCACAGCUGGUUGUAACAUACAGCAGUGGCGGCGGCGAUGCCAUCCACACAACAGACGUUGGCGCAAACAAGUGCACCAGCCAGCACGGAGGCACAUCGGCUGCAGGACCCAUUGGUGUAGGAGUAUUCGCUCUUGCGCUCCAGGCCCGUCCCGAGUUGACAUGGCGCGACAUGCAAUGGCUCGCCGUCAUGACCGCUGUUCCCUUCGAUACACCCAGCGACUGGACCAAGACCUCAAUCGAUCGCAUGUUCAGCCAUCAAUUCGGAUACGGAAAGCUCGAUGCUUACGCCAUCGUGGAGAAGGCGAAGGAGUGGGAGCUCGUCAAGCCCCAAGCAUGGUUCUACUCGCCCUGGAUGCACGUAAAGAAGGCGAUCCCUGAAGGCAACCAGGGUCUCGCCAGUGUUUUCGAAGUCAAAGAAGACAUGCUCAAGAAGGCCAACUUUGCCCGUGUUGAGCAUAUCACGCUCACCAUGAACGUAGAACACGAGCGCCGUGGCGAUCUCAGUGUCGAACUCCGAUCUCCAAGCGGCAUGGUUUCGCACCUGUCUACCGCACGCCGCGAUGACGAAGCGCCAUACGGCUACAUCGACUGGACCUUCAUGUCCGUCGCCCACUGGGGAGAGAACGCCAUUGGCAACUGGACCGUCAUAGUCAAAGACGUCAAAUCCGGCAACAUGAAGACGGGCACCUUUACCGACUGGAAGCUCCGCCUCUGGGGUGAAUGCAUCGACGCCUCCAAAGCCAAACUCCGCCCCAUCCCCGACGAGCACGACGACGACGAUCACGACAAGAUUGAUGACCAUCCGGCGCAUACCACUAGUAUUACCAUACCCAGUGGUACCUCACCUACCAUGACAUCCAUUCCCGAUGACCACCCCGACCGUCCCGUGAACCAGAAGCCCUCUCAGACACCAGCUAACAGUGGUGUGCAGACGACGACUUCGGCGACUGCGAGUUCCAGUGCCACGGCGUCUGCUGAUCCAUCUGAAAACUUCCUACCUAACCCCUUCCCCACCUUUGGCGUGUCGAAGCGCACCCAAAUCUGGAUAUACGGCGCUCUCGCCCUGAUUAUAGUUUUCAUGGCUGGUCUCGGCAUCUAUUUCUUCAUUGCUAGGCGCAAGCGCAUGAAGGACUCGCGCGAUGCGUACGAGUUCGAGGUUCUGGACGACAACGAGGCUGGAGAUGAGGCGGGUUUGCUUUCUGGUGCUGCAGGCAGGAAGAAGCGCGCGAAGAGGGGUGGAGAGUUGUAUGAUGCUUUUGCUGGCGAGUCUGAUGAGGACCUGCUGAGCGAUGAUGAGGGUAGCGAGGGCCCGUAUCGGGACCAGGAUAGGUUUAACGAGAAGUAUGCUCAAGAUCAGGAUGAGGAAAGCGAUGAGGACAGUGGCAGUGGAGCGAGCUCGGCGGGCAAGAGACAGUAG